AUGGGUAUUCAUCAUACCAUCUGUGUUGACAUGGUGUUAGAAAGAUUAAGAAAUGCCCUAAUGGUUUUAGGGAUCUAUGAUGUCAUUCAUCUGUAUGUUGUUGUUGCUCACCGUGAACGUGUUAGCCUCGAACCUGCUUUGUUCGAAAACAACCAAAACAGACGUGCCUUUAGAAUUAAUGAUAAGAAAGGUAUAGCAUAUUGUGUUUGGACAAAGAGUGACAUUCCGAAGCAAGCGGUUGAUAGUCAUAUCAAUACGAGGCAUUUGAUUCUGUUGGCUACGAGUAGGCAAAUGAAAUUUUUUAAGGCACAUAUCAAUGGUGAAACACCAAAUCUAGGAAAAACCAUAAUUGUGUUCACAAGAGACUACGAUUACAACUUUACCAUUACAAGGCUCAAAAACUUAGGUUUGAGGGUUAUUUUGGUUACACAUGGAUGCAAAUGCAAAAUCAAGGGUGUUGAAAAAUGUAGGUUUAGUGACAUGAUGAAUGGUAAUCCAGUUUGGAGAGGCACUCCAUGGAAUCCGGUUGUUGCUAAUCAUUUAGCGUAUAUUGCCUUGGAAGUAAUGUCCCUUGAAUAUUAUAAACUUCCUGCUAUAAUCGACACUGCUUGCAAGAAGAGGGCAUUAAAACCAAAACCACAGAAUUGGUUUCGUGGAGGAUCUUCUAGUAGUCAUUUUAGAGUCCACAUUGAGGAGAAAAGGAGAUGUGUCCUAAGUGCUCCAAGGUUUUCAAAACAGUUGAAGAUAUGGUUGAUCAUAUAUAUAAAUGUGCGUAGGGUUUAA